GCCCCUCCUCGUGGUGACGUCAACGGGGACACGUGGGUUUGUUAUUGCAGGAAGUGAAGAUGGCGGAUCAGUCGUUGCUCUCCGAGUCUGUUCUCGGAUGGUCUAUUUUCACCUUUAUACUUUUGGUAAUCCUGGCUUUCUGUUGGGUCUACAUUCGGAAAUUUCAAAGUCGUCAAGAGAGUGAAGUUGUUUCAACUAUCACAGCAAUAUGUGCACUGGCCAUUGCUUUGAUAACCUCUGCACUUCUUCCAGUGGAUAUAUUCCUUGUUUCAUUCAUGAAGUAUCCCAAUGGUACCUAUAAGGAAUGGGCAGUGAACAAUGAGACGAGAGGGCAAAUUGAAGACACUGUGCUGUAUGGAUAUUACACACUUUACUCCAUCAUACUAUUCUGUGUCUUCCUAUGGAUCCCCUUUGUUUAUUUCUACUAUGAAGAAAGGGACGACGACAACAUGAACAAAUGCUCGCAAGUGAAAAACGCUCUGAAGUACACAGUUGGAUUUGCCAUUGUCUGCGUGGUGCUCCUUUUAAUUGGAGCCUUUGUUCCACUUGAGGCCCCACCUGGUCAGAAUUCCACCCAAUGGGAGAAAGUACAAUACCUUUUUGAAGAACUUGGGAGUAGUCAUGGUCUACCUGCUCUGUCUUUCUCCAUCAGCACCUUGACCUUGAUUGGCAUGUUGGCAGUGAUCACUUACACGGCAUACGGUAUGUCUGUACUGCCUUUGAACCUGAUUAAAGGCACGCGGAGUGUGGCGUAUGAACGCCUGGAGAACACAGAGGACAUUGAUGAUGUUGAGCAUCAGAUAGAAAAGCUGAAAACCAAGUGUAAAGAUGGACGUCCCCUCUCCUCAAGGGACAGAAACAACCUGCAGGAGCUGGAGGGCAAACUGCAGGUCCUCCAGCGCAGGGGGAGACACCUGGAAAUUGCAGAGAGGAACUGCUGCACUAAAGUGGGCAGUGCUCUCAGACCUUUCAAGAUAUUGCUGGGUAUUUUCUUUAUCCUGGUUGCACUGCUGUUCACUGUUGCCCUGUUCAUUUCAAAUUUGGAUAAAGCUCUCCAUUCUGCUGGCAUCAGCUCUGGGUUCAUAGUUUUUGGCACCAACCUUACCAAUCCCCUGAAUGAACUUUUAUUAGCCUUACAACCCGUUUUCCCACUGGAUUACAUCCUGAUCACAGUCAUCACCAUGUACUUUGUAGUCACCUCCAUGGCUGGCAUUCGCAACAUGGGCAUCUGGUUCUUCUGGAUAAGGCUGUACAAAAUAAGACCAAAGAAAACUCGCCCCCAGGCUCUUCUCUUCCUGUGUAUGAUUCUUCUCUUGAUUGUCCUUCACACCAGCUACAUGAUCUACAGCCUAGCCCCACAGUAUGUCAUGUAUGGCAGCCAGAAAUAUCUUGUACAGAGUCAGAUGCCCUCAGCAGGUCCUACAUCUGGGAAUGCUACUUUUGGCACCACAAGGAUUUGUGACGCCGAUGCGCCUGAGGACCAGUGCACUGUGACGAGAUCCUAUCUUUUCCUCCACAAGUUCUGGUUCUUCAGCACCAUCUACUACUUUGGUAACUGGGCCUUUAUUGUGGCAUUCCUUAUUGGCCUGGUGGUGUCCUGCUGCAGAGGGAAGAAGUCUGUGAUUGAAGGAGAGGUGGAGGCCGAUGACUCAGACUUAAGUGAUGACGAAUAUGUGCACUGAAAAUCAGUAUUCACUCGGACGGGUUUGUAGAUAUUCCCACCAUAAUUUAAAGGGAUUAGAAAGUGCAAUGUCAUUAACAAAUAAAUGGAUAGUAAUUUGUCAAGAUUUAAUUUAUUGGUUUUAAGGAGUUACUGUAUUGUAGCAGUGGUGUCUUGUCGAUUGCAGCCUGGUUUUGAGUUGACACAUCCCUCCCCUUAAUGAGACCGCUGAGACUGAUUGUUGUGUCUUUCUAACUCAAUAUUAUUGAUGACUUUGGGAUUCUGGGAGUGUCCUCCAACUCAUAGCCUACCUUCAGAAUUCACUUAUCAACAGUUUGAAACUGACACAAAUUGGUCUUUUUUUGUUGUUGUUUUUUUUACUGGAGGAGACACUUAUUGCAGCAGCAGAGACAGCAUACGCUGCUCCAAAACGUUAUGUCUAAGCUUCAUUUGGAGCUCGGACAUAAACUCACUUUUUACAUUCUCUAAGCACUUUCUAGACCCUUUAAAUGGUCACUUUAUGACAGUAUCUAUAGUUGGCUCUAAUAUACCUUUUAAGAUAAAAUACGUGAAAACAUUUUUAAAGUUUAUUUUGCUCGUUUUGUGUGAGGUGAAAUACAGUGCUUGAGGGUUUGCUGCUUUUCCCCCAUACAUUUAGUCAUUAGCAGUGCCAGUCCCAUUAUUUAAGCGAACGUUACUGUACUUACAUACCUGCACAGUGUGAAAUGUAAAGGACCAAUUGUGGCUGUCACGUUACCAAGGUUUCAGUUAUUCUUGGUUUUAAAUUGAAUGGGUUCAACAGCUUGCUGUUUGCUGUCUGUGUUGAAAGAACAUGAAACAAUAAGAUAAAGACAUGUAAACAUAUACUUAAUCUAAUAUGGAUGUAUUUUUUUCCCCAAUUACUUAAUUACUUUUUGCCAGUGCUCUAGAGUUUAUCAACAGCAGGCUUGUGACAUAGAACUAUUAAUGGCUUCUUUCAGCCAUGUUUAAAUAAGUGUAUUUAAACAGUGACAAAAUUAAUAAAAAAAAUUUCAUUUAAUCAACAAAUUGACAGAAAAUAUGAAUAUGAAUGACAUGUUUUGAAUUUGGAAACCAAAUAGUUGUGCCUCAUGAAUGUGUAGCACCAUGAUGGGCACACACUACUGUAUAUGUUAGCCUAAAUUAGCAUCACAGAAAUCAGCCUGGAUCUCAUGAGUUAGGUUUUUGCUUUGAGAAAUUAGUCCGGUAACCUUCAUUGAGGUAUGGUUACAUGAUGAGGACAGAAGCUGCAUCACAUGUAGUUUCGCCUGUGAUUGAAAAGAAUGUGGUUGUUGUUGUCAAUAUUGAAUGAUACCUGUAUUUAAAGAAAUAAAACCAUCUUAAACCUAUCUCAUAUUGGACCAGAAAAUUCCAUGCUGCCUGUUCCAACUAUUUUGACCCUUCCUUUUCAUACUCUGUAUUCAAUGAAUGGUUAAUAUUUAGACUUUGUGUCACAGUUGCGUGGAAUAGAGAAAGCUACUGUUCAUUACAGUUGUUUAAAGGGGAGGUCAGUGUUUUUGCUAUGCUUGUAUCAAAUUAGAUUUUAAUCACAUAGUAUAUGUACUACACAUUUUGAUGGACUGUAGAGCUAAUUGUUCCUCUAAUACGUAUUGUUGUACUAAUUUAGUGAGUACUCCAUGCCAACUGUCAUUUCAUUUGUUAAAGCUUCAGAGUGAGUUGGUUCAACA